AUUGUUACGUCAUGUACACGACGUCCAUUUCCGUGCCACCAUUUUGUAUUCGUCUCUUGUCUAUAAUUUUCGAAUAGAUCGUCUUUAUGGAUUCGUGCCGAUAUAUUAUAAAACACAAACAGUAAAAUGGAAAUGGAAACUUCGUGGUCUAAUUUCUGUCGGUGUUGCUUGUCCGCCGAUUCUGAAGUGUCACUUUUGGAAUCUCAAGAUAAUCUGAAGGAUAAAUUCCGUGAAGUAACUACGAUCAGGGUGUGUGCAGACGAUGGUCUGCCCCAAAAGUUAUGCACAGAGUGUUUUACCAUCCUGAUGACCGCUUAUCAAUUUCGUAAGCAAUGCAUCAAAAUGGACACAGAGCUGCGUGCACAACUAAACAUAAUUCUCAGUGACCGUAAUGAAAAAGGCUCUGAAGUUAUCGAACAAACAUCAAAUUACGAGGAACCAACUGAAGAAGAAAUAGCAAAUGACCCUGUUAAACAAUUGGAAGCUAUAAUUAAAAAAGAACCAACGGACAGUGAUGAUGAUUAUUAUUAUGUCCUAGUCAUUGAUGACCCCAAAGACAAGGAGUCUAAGGAGAAUGAGACGUCACAAGAUACAAUGAACCAGGAACAAAUUAAAAUUGAAGUAAAUGAUGAAACAAACGCAAUAGAGUCAUACACAGAGCCACAACACCACACUCAGUUUGAACAAACCAUUGAUCAGUUCUUGAUGUCUAACACCAAAGUGCCUGUUAACGUGCCAGCUACUAUUCUAGAAAAUGAAGAGGAGGGCCAGGAAGAAGAUAUGGUAUCCAUGAAUGUAGAUGAAACGCAAGACAGCACCUCACAGGACCAAGGCCUACAGCAAGCAGAAGAUGGACUCGAAGAAACAAUUGCAGAUGAGCUCUCCCAGGACAUUGUGGACAAUUCCAAGAAUUACAUCAAAAUACUAACAUCUGCAGGUAGUGAUGGUACUAUACUUUUGAAAAGUAAUGAUGGAAUCCAAUAUUUAACUGACACCCAAUUAGUAGCAAAUGAAAAUGAUGGCGACCCAAUGGGGCAAGAAGUAAUACUUUGUGAAGGUGAUGAAUCAUCACAAUUUCAAGUCUUAAAGUAUGAUGGAUCAGAGCUGGUUAUAGAAUAUGCCGAUGAUGGGCAAAUUGCAACUGUAUUGCAACAAGAAGAUGGCACAUUUCUGUGUGACUGUGGGGAGCAGUUUGAAGACUUAGCAGAGUAUGAAAAGCAUCAAUACAAACAUAAUCCUGGGGGAGAGAACCUCUGCAACUUAUGUGGCAAAGGAUUUGAGUCUCCUGAGAUUUUGGCUGGACAUAUGCUGCUCCACAGUGUCACAGGAGUCCUAAUUACAUGCCCAUACUGUAACCAAUUAAUAAAACGGACAGCACUCACACAACACAUAAAAUAUGGACAUAACAACAUCAAACCCCGCUGCAACAUAUGCUUGAAAACAUUUGCAAAUCCCAACAAUUUGAAACGCCAUUUAAUGAUCCACAGUGGGAUAAGAGAAUUUGAGUGCGACAUCUGUUUCAAAAGGUUCAGCCAAAAGAUCACAAUGCAAACGCAUAGAUUGACGCACAUGAACCCAUUCACAUGCCACAGCUGUGAACAGUCGUUUGAAAGUAAAGCUGAUUUGACAACUCACAAAGAUUCCGGAGAGUGCUCAAAGUCCAAAGUUAUUAAGGUUAAGGAAGAACUGAUGAAAACAAUCAAGCAGGAAGUGACCACUAAUCUUGGCAAACUGUUGGGAUAUGCAUGUUCGUUAUGCAAGAAGAUGUUUUCGAUGGAGUCUGCUUUAGAACAACAUGUUGAGACCACCCACAUUGUCGAUCCAACUGAGUUACUGUGCUCGGAGUGUGGAGAGGUCCUACCUUCGAAAAAAGAUAUGCAAUUGCACAUACUGUCACAUAAGAACUUAAAGCCCAAGAAUGCGAAGAGGUUUGAGUGCAGUAUUUGUGGCAAAGGAUGUGCCAGUCAAGCCAUGCUCCUCAUGCAUGAGAGAGUGCACACAAAUGAACGACCAUUUCCAUGCCAGCUUUGUUCACUCACGAGGUUCAAGACGAAAACUCAUUUACGGACGCAUCAACUCACUCAUACAAGGGAAAAGAAGUUUGGAUGUUCUGUCUGUAUGAAGUUCUUUGCUCUCAAAGGCAAUUUGGUGGUACAUUUACGGACACACACUGGGGAAAGACCCUAUGUUUGCUCUCUAUGUGGGGAAGCUUUCAUAGACUCAAAGUAUCUCAAAAAGCACAAAUUAAAGAAACAUGCUAUAGAAAAUGUCCCAUGGAAUCAAUACUAAAGUAGCAUAAUAUUAACUUAUUUAAUAAAUUAAGGGCAAUAUUUUGUAAAUAUAUUCUCUUGAGUUGAACACCUGUUGGUAUGCGGAAAGCAUGUUUUAGUUGUACACUAUAAUAUAUUGAAGCCACAUGGUAUGGAAGUUAGUUGUUAAGUUUUUUUAUAUUAUGUUCUAGCUGUAUUGGUCUGUCUGCCGCUUAAUAAAUAUAUGAUACGCAUCGG